UCCUAAGCUGGCGGGUGGCAUGGCUGAGCCGGCUGGAGGCUUCGUGACUUCCCCGGCAUGGUUUCCCGCCGCAGAGCUGCCCCCCGCGUUGGGACCUCCGAGCGACACUGCCCCGCCGUCGGACAACUGGAUGCUCUGGGCAAUGCUGCCGCCACCACCACCGCCUUCGUCGUUGCCUCCUGCAGCCGGGCCACACGCUUCCCAGGCUCAGCCCCCCAAGAAGGCCCAGGCUGUCCCCGAGGCGCCGCCCCCCUUCGAUACCCAGAUUCUUCCCGGUGCGCAGCCCCCCUUUGACGCCCAGUCUCCCGUUGACUCUCAGCAUCAACUCAAUGGCCAACCUGCCUGGAAUUUCCAGGCUUCCACCUCAUGGUACUGGGGACAGUCUCCUGGUGUUUUCCCUCAGCAUCAGAAGUCGCAUAACACUCCAGUGAAACAUCCUUAUUUUCCACGAAAAUAUGAUGCACAGUUCACUGAUAACAACUUCCCUCCCAGUAGAAAACAGAAAAAAAAGAGAAGAAAGGAGCCUGUUUUUCACUGUUUUUGUGAUACCUGUGAUCGUGGUUUUAAAAAUCAAGAAAAGUAUGAUAAACACAUGUCUGAACAUACGAAAUGUCCUGAAGUAGAUUGUUCUUUUAGUGCACAUGAGAAGAUUGUCCAGUUUCAUUGGAGAAAUAUGCAUGCUCCUGGUAUGAAGAAGAUCAAGUUAGACACUCCAGAGGAGAUUGCAAGGUGGAGGGAAGAAAGAAGAAAAAACUACCCAACUUUGGCCAAUAUUGAAAGGAAGAACAAGUUAAAACUUGAAAAGGAAAAGAGAGGAGCAGUAUUAACAACAACACAGUAUGGCAAGAUGAAGGGGAUGUCCAGACAUUCACAGAUGGCAAAAAUCAGAAGUCCUGGCAAAUAUCACAAAUGGAAAAAUGACCGUGCUGGGCAGAAAGCAGCCAUUGAAUCAGGCAAUCACUCAAGCGAUUUGAAGCCUGAAGGUCCACCUGAGGCAAAUGCAGACCCUCUGAGUGUUUUGGUAAACACUGAUUCAGAGUCUGAUAAAGAGGAGAAACCACAAAGUGCUGUCAUACCCAAGGAAGUGACACCAGCCCUGUGUUCACUAAUGAGCAACUAUGGUAGCCUCUCAGGGUCAGACAGUGAGCCAGAAGAAGUUCCUAUCAAGAAUGAAGCAGAUGUUCUGGCAGAGAAGCAGGGUCUUCACGGCAGUACUCCUGAGAGACCAGGUCCAGAUGUUAAAGUGACGGUUAGGAAUUCCUCAGAAGCCAAGUCUGAGAGCCAAAAGAAAAGCUUUAAACGGACAAAUUGUAAGAGGAAAAAAGAUUAUCACAACUCUCAAACAUUAUUUGAGCCAAGAACACACCAUCCAUAUCUCCUAGAAAUGCUUUUAGCUCCAGACAUUCGGCAUGAAAGAAAUGUGAUUUUGCAGUGUGUUCGGUACAUCAUCAAAAAAGACUUUUUUGGACUUGAUGCCAAUUGUGCAAAAAGUAAGGAUGUGUUGGCGUCUGAUAACUGAAGCAUGUGAAACAGUAACAUUCUCAAAUUAGUAAAGAAAAACCUUUAAAAAAAAAAAAACCUAAAAUUAAAUUGUAAACCUCAUGGAAUAUUAUGUUGGAUUUUUAAGUCUUUCUUUGAAUCUAUGCAAAUAAAUACAUAGCUGGUUUUUAUGACUGUGUCUGUAUUGUUGGGAUCAUUCACAUUUACUGGCAGAAUUCUGCUUUUUAUUUGUAUUUAUAUGUAUUUCUGUUUUGUAAGGAAGUCUGCUCUUAGCAGUAUUGAAGAUAACUGGUUUAGUCGUAAAGACAAAAGCUUUACAAAUGCUUAAUUCAUCUGAGCAGUACAGUAGGUUGGAGAGAGAAUAAAAUAAUUUCAUUUUUAAUGAGAGGAAGUCAUUCUUUAAUUUGCAAGGGGAAAUAUUUUUAAAAUAAACCAGAUAAAAUUAAUAUGAUCAGAAGGCCUUGAAAUUUAAAUUUCCUGUUUAUAUCAAAGGAUAUGUUAAAAUUCACCUACUUGGCAUUACUUCAAAAAGCUCAAAUAGUGAACAUUUAAAAUACUAAUAUAGACACCCCUUCUAUGUAUGUUUAGAUUCAACUGAAGAGGGUUUUGUGGUGUUUUUUGUUUGUUUGUUUUUAAUGAUUCAGAAUUGGACCUUUUUAAUUUUCCUGUGGAAAAGUAUGUUUAGUAGUGAUGAGGUUUAACUAAUUUUUAUAGCAGAAAUAGUUGUUUGUAAAGAAAUAUUACCUCAGUUUUAUGGUUUAACUAGAGCUUAUCCUAUGAAGAUAGUAAUUGAACCCUUUUAAAAUGUUUUAGAUAAAUAAAAACUACUAAAAUCUGUUUAUUGUGAUGCCAUUGAUUUUGAUCUUAUAGUCUCAUCACUUGUGUCUAGCCAAGAGCUAGGGGUCUAUCUACCCUUUUGACAUACGGCUAAAUGAGGCUAGGUUUUUAAAAUUUGUUAUAGCUGAAAAAUUAAUUUUAUCUGAAAUAGUUAUAACUGAAGUUCAUGAAUCUUGCCUACAAGAAGAAAAAAUGGCAAGGCAAAGUGAUAGCAUCUCUCAAGAAAGAUCUCUUGUUCCUUUUGUAUCUCUGUGUUCCUCUAUGUUAGAUCCUAUCCAGAAUUAGGGAAAACCUGGCAUGUAGCACUAUGACAUCACAGGCUGAGAUUUCUUUUAAUGUUUCAGUCAGUGUUUCCCAGUACAGGCCUAUUUUAUUUUGUUUUAUUCUAUUCCCCCAACAAGCCCCAUAUUCUAUUCCCCCAACAAGCCCCAUCUAUUCUAGUUUAUUAAUUAAUUCAGUUCAUGUAAUACUGUUGUGUGCUUGCUCAUGUGCCACUACUGUGCGUGGGCUAAAUAUGUAAAAAUGGAUAAGGCCUUGCCUGACUUAAAGGAACUCAGUUUAAUAUUUAUAUUAUUGACAGUAUGACUCCCAAUCCAAUUCAUCUCAUCAGGAUGAAGUAAAGGAUGUUACACACUGCAUUGAUAUUCCAAAAUGUGACUUAGUUGGCAAUUUUAUUACUGGUUACCUUGCACAUUCUAUAGGUUUUAAAUGCAAAACUGAAUCCACAGACUCCUAGGCCGCUUUCACAAACCAUGCUAUCUCCAGGGAUGUUGACAGUCAUUGCCUUAUGCUGAAUUGUGGAAAGAUUUAUUUCAGUCUUUCUUGUUUUAUGUAUUUAAGAAUGACAGUGUUCCUUUAGAGCUACUUUGACUAUGCUGGACAGACUUUAGUUAUGAUAACUAUUGUUUAUCUCUAGUAGAUAAUUUUUAAUUAAAUUGCCUUUAUAUUUAACCUUGGGAUUACUGAAGCAUGACCCAAAUUUCCAGGCAAGUAAAAUGUAGACUUUAUGGUUUCUGCCUUAUAUAAUCCAUGGUCAAUAUAUGUAAAUGCUCUGUUUUGGCAGGAGGUGCAGCUUGUACUUUGCCUGGUUUUGGAUGUAAGGUUUUUUGGAUUUUACUUGUUAAUUGUUCAUCUCUCUCCAUUCCUAUCUUAUUGUUCAUCUAAUUUAUUUCUGCGAUGUAAUAUGGUAUUGGUGAAUUGUGCCUUUUUUAACUGAAAUACUUUUUUUUUGUCCUCAACACUUUCUACAUUCUCUACUUUCCCCAGUUAAGGUAGUCAAAAACAGCCUUUUGCUAGUUCAAUAGGAGAUUUUUGGGGAAUUUAAUCCAUUCAUAUUAAUUGAGUUGUUGAAAUGGUUGGACUAUUCUUGCCAUCUUGUUUUGUAUGUUCUAUAUAUGGUGUGCUUUCUCAUUGUUGAUUUUAUUGGUUUGAUUGUUGUUUUUGUCUUUUUUUCCCCCUCUAUGUUUAGAGUAAAUCAGUAGCCAUAUCUUCCACCCAUCUUUCAAUUAAGUCAAUAACCUUACCAUUCACUUCCUAACCUGGACUUCUUGGGUAAUUGUAGGGGUUUUGUUUCAGAUUAAUCUCUAUUCUCUUACUGUAUGAGUUUGUGUGGGCUUUAACAUUAAGCAUUGUUAUUUAGGCAACUUUUUUAGUUUCCUUCUCACUACUUUCUUGCAUCUAGGAUUAAUAUUUUGGUUUACUGUAGCAUAUCAUCAAGUAAUCAAAUGCUGAAUCCUCCAUUUUUAAAUUGAGUGUAGAGUAUUAGGUUCAGAAUCAUUCCUUUCAGAAUUUUGAAACUGUAAUGUGAUUGUAUGCUAAAAUCAGAUUGCUGAUUGAUUUCUAAUCUGAUUCUCUUUUUCUCUUUUUCCCCAUAGUCCUUUCCUUUUGAAGAAUUGUACUUUUCUUGAACAAUUUCUAAAAUGAUAUGUUUAGUCAUUUUCUUUCCAUUUUAUGUGUUUCAUUUUUCUGGAACGCCUAUGAAGUGAAUAUGGGACUUCGUGGCUUGAUUCUAUGUCACUGGAUUUUUAUGUUUUGUCUUUGUCAUCUUGCUGUGUUCUAAAAUUUUUGUUCUAAUUGCUUUUUUUUUUUUUAAAGAUUUAUUUAUUUAUGCAUAAAGAACUGGGAUACAGGCCCGUGUGGGGGGUGAGAGAAUUCACCAGAGACAGAGUGGGGAACAGAACAGGUGGAUUGACUGAAAUACACUGCUGAGAGGAGCAGUGGGCAAGUCAGGAGAGGUCUGCUGUGCUAUGUGGGUAGCUACCUGGCCAGGGCUCAAACUCAUAUUGCUGUGGCUGCAGAUAGCCUUCAUAGGUUGCGUCUUAACCCCUUGUGCCAACAGGGAGGCCCUCUAAUUGCUUUUUUCACAGAUGUAGUAUCCUUUUCUUUCUAAGUACACCAUUUAGAAUUUUUACAUUUUCUAUUCCUUGAUUUAUUUCUGUUUUCCCCAUUGUCUUGUUGAAGAUCUUUUAAAAUUUGCCAUGCUCACAGGUGUGAAAUGAUAUCUCACUGUGGUUUUAUCCUUCAGUAACAUGACGACACCGCACUUCCUAACCAGACAGCUUCAAAACUUUAUCAGUAUAUAGUCAAUUUUGAUUUCAUCCACACCUCAUUUUUCCUCCCCACUCGACCCCACCCUGAGAUUUUGAUGCUAAUGCUCAUGCACAAAAUAUAUAUCUAGAAGAUAAAACUUCCAAAAUUUAAAAAAAAUUAAUGUCUUAAGAUCAUCAACCAUCUAGUCAGACAAGUUAAGUUUCUAUGACUUUUUAAGAUACAUUCUGUGUAUACCAUUUUGCACCUUGUUUCUUAUCUCCAAAACGCCAUAUUGGAAACUUUUUUUUUAAACAUAUUUAAAAGCUUAAUCAUUGUACUUGCUAUUAAUAUUUUUUUCCAUUAAAAAGUCAGUUUCUGAAAGGGACAAUGAAAAUGUCAGUAUUAGUUGCUGUGCUAAGUGCAGACUACUGCUAGGUGGUGGGGAAGCUCUUGGGGAAAGGGAGAAGGGGGAGGCAAGCUCAAAUGACGAGCGGGCUCCGCCAUUUUUCCUUUGAUAAUGUUUUAACCUGCACAGCCCAGACUUCAAAUCAGCAUUUGAAAGUUGCCUUAUUUAUUACUUCCUCUGUGCAGUAGCUAUUUGCCUGCUGCACUAACCUGAAAUGCACUGAGUGGUCCCUGUGAGAGGAGAAGCCACUGAACUGGAGGGGAACUGAGCUUCAAAAUGCAGCCUUGUUUCAAAACUGUCACAUGUAAGCAAAGAUGAAGGCUUCUUGGGAAUGGCAUAGGGAACAAAUGAUUGUUUCUUCCUCAAAAUUGGGAGAGGAGGGAGAUCAGUAAAUGCAAAUAAAUAGCUUAAUCAAGAAGACAGAUAUUCAGAAUGUACAGAGAAAAGACUCCAAAUUGAAAUUCUAUUCCUUAUAGUUACCUCUAUAGCCUGUGCCCUGCGGUGCAGUGCAACCUAAGAAGCGCCAAUUAUGGCAAAUGUUUGGAAUGCUUUGUGGGGCUGCCCAGGAAGAGAGUGACAGAUGUCUUCUAUUGAUCUUACCUAGUUGACUUAAAUGAGUCUUUGUACAACCAGGAAAAACUAAGUUCUUCAGGACCUUUCCUAGAUUGUAUGGAGGUUUCCAUUUUCCUGUUUCUGGCAGUCCUCAUCUCUGGUUAUUAGUGGAGAAUGCCACUAUUUCCUGGGUCAAAUUUUUGCAAUUUACUGCCUGUAUGUUUUUCUGCUUAUGUUUUUAGUUAAUUUUAAAAGUUAAGAUAAUGCUUUAUUUGAAUUUCACCAGUUUUCUAUGAAUAUCUUUUUGAUGAUUCAAUCCAGGUUCCAACUAUGUCAUUUUUAGUGGUUUUUUAGAAAUGACAAAGGUAAUGUGAUCAUUGUAAAAUUUAAAUAAUCCAGUAGUAUGUAAAACAGUGAGGUUUGUUUCACCCUAUCCCAUUUUUGUCAUAUUUCUCAGAGAUAACGCUAUUAACAGUUUGCUGUGUAUUUUUGGAUUUAAAAAAAAUUGUAUUUAAACAUGCUCAUAUAAAUUUUGUUUUAAAAUAGAAAAAUCAUUACAAAUAGUGCUUUGCAAGUUUUUUCACUUGACACCUUAUCAUGAAUAUGUAUGUAUGUAUAAUAUGUGCAUAAGUAUGCAUGUAUGUAUACAUAUAUGAUUUCUCUUUUUGAAUCAUUCCCCUAUGGGGAGAUUUGUUUACAGUUUUUCUCUGAAGUUAAUGAUACUACAGUGAACAUUACUGAAUUUACAGUGAAAUACAUUCUGUGUAUACAUGUAUAACCUGUGAAUAUUUUUGUAGCAAGGUCAGGAUCAAAGGUCAGCUGGCCUUUAAAAGGCUAUACCAAAUAAGAUUCUGAAAAAAAAUUAUUUUAAAAUGUUUCAAAACUGGAAAUCAGUAAAAGGAAUUACUGAAUGCCCUUUCAGUUUCAGUGGUUCUCAAAGUGUACCUUUGGGGGACCCCAAGACUUUCCAGGGGUCUGUGAAAUCAAAACUAUUUUCAUUAUUCUGGGACAUAAUUGCCUUUUUCAUUUUGAGUGUACAGUGAAGUUUUCCACAAACUGCAUGAUGUGUGUUACGGUCAUAACUAUGACAGCUAAUGGGAAGUAUGCUUGUUUGGUAUGUUGUAGAAUUUUCUAAGGGUGGUAGGUUAAAGAUACAUGAACUUUUAGAGGCCAACUCAGGCUGUUUGCAGUACUUUCACUGUACUAGCUAUAUUUGGUUAUUCAUGCUGUGACCUCUAAUUGUUUUCAUCAGUAAAUUAUUUUGAAAUUUCAGUGAUAUGUAAAAAAUAUAGAACAAUGCUACUGAGGUUACUAAUUUUUUUUUGUAUUGGAAAACUGUAUUUUUAAAAAAUGCUGAUGUUUAUGUUUGUUGUUUUCAAGUGAAUUAAUAUGUUAAAAUUUUGUUCUAAUUUUGAAUGCUAUAAAUAUUAGUAGGUAUAAUUCACAUAAACCAAAGUUCUUGGUAGUCCUGAAUAAUUUCCGAGUGUAUGAAAUGCCCGGAAAUCAAAUAUUUGGGAGACUGCUGUACUAGAUAGAGCUUGUGGUCUGACCAACCACAGUUAACUGACACUUUCUGUGUGUGACUGAUUAGGGCCAGACUCUGUAAAGCCAGAUGUUAAUUUGUAUACUACUGAUAACCUGCAAUGAUUUUUGUUUGAUGGAGUGACGUUAUUUUCCUCUGCUAGGAAAGAGAUUACCAUUGUUUAGCCUUGUAGGACAUUAACCACUUUAACAUCGACUUUGUAAUCUUAUUUCAGUAUUGUUUCUGCUAUCUUUUGUCAUCCUUUGACGUCCUUUGAUAAUUAAAUAAAUCUUUUGAGAUUACUGUUUUGCUUCCAA